AUGGGCGACGAGUGAGAGGAGAGUCCACAGGCGCCUAUGGGCCCCGCGCCUUGGGGCUGCAGGGAUCUCGGCGCACCCGUGGUCCGGUGAUGGUACGGGGAGGCCCGGCCUCCCGCCGCCGUCGGGGCCUCACUCUUUUGUCUUAGUCUGCGGGGUCUGGAGAAGCGAGCUGGGACAACUGCCCCAGCGGAGGGGGGAGGCGAGGGAGGGUGGCCUCGGUCCUCAUUGGCCUUGCAUUUAGGAACCGCCUGGCCCCUGAAGCGUUUGAGUUUGUGACUUUUGGUGGGAGUUGUUAAAGGAAGCAGGGCCGGGCUUAAUCUCCCAUUUCACAGACGAAGUAACUGAGGCAGGCCCAGAGACAUGGCAGUUCCUUCCCAGCCUGGAAUUACCUGGAAUCUCUUUUCGUUUCUCUCUCCCUGAACAGCAGGGACAAGGUGUCCUCGACUCCCUUUCCAGGCGGGAACAUGGAGGUUCCCAGUCGCUCUGAAACUUGAUCUCCCUAAGGAAGCCCUAAGGAAAUGCUCAGUUUGGAAUUUGAACAAAGCUGUUAUCUCACCAGUAGAGAGGGUCAGGAGCCAGGGAGGAGAGGAGGAUCACUGCAGGUUCCUUCUUGGCACAUAAUUUCCACUUAGUGCUGGGGUGUUCCUGGGCACAUAAUUUCCCCUGGGGUCACUGUGCAGGCCGAGAGAUGACUGACUUCAGCUUGCCCUGCACACGCAGCCCAAAACACAGGGAGCUGCGGCUGCCCAGCUGAGCUAAGGGACGUGCCCACCGCAGCCCACCCCAAGGAAGGAGGGGGUUAGGCAGCCCAGCCAAGCCGAGCCCGGAGAAGAUGGUGGACUACCUGGCGAACACAGAGAUCAACAGCCAGCGCAUUGCCGCCGUCGAGAGCUGCUUUGGGGCGUCGGGGCAGCCGCUGGCGCUGCCGGGCCGGGUGCUGCUGGGCGAGGGCGUGCUGACCAAGGAGUGCCGCAAGAAGGCCAAGCCGCGCAUCUUCUUCCUCUUCAACGACAUCCUGGUGUACGGCAGCAUCGUGCUCAACAAGCGCAAGUACCACAGCCAGCACAUCAUUCCCCUGGAGGAGGUGACGCUGGAGCCGCUGCCCGAGACCGUGCAGGCCAAGAACCGCUGGAUGAUCAAGACGGCCAAGAAGUCCUUCGUGGUGUCGGCCGCCUCCACCACGGAGCGCCAGGAGUGGAUCAGCCACAUCGAGGAGUGUGUGCGGCGGCAGCUGCUGGCCACGGGCCGCCAGCCCAGCACGGAGCACGCGGCGCCCUGGAUCCCGGACAAGGCCACGGACAUCUGCAUGCGCUGCACGCAGACGCGCUUCUCCGCCCUCACGCGGCGCCACCACUGCCGCAAGUGCGGCUUCGUGGUCUGUGCCGAGUGCUCCCGCGAGCGCUUCCUCCUGCCCCGCCUCUCGCCCAAGCCCCUGCGCGUCUGCAGCCUCUGCUACCGCGAGCUGGCCGCCCGAAAGCGGGAGGAGGAGGAGGAGGAGCAGGGCGCGGGGUCCCCGGGGCAGCCGGCCUACCUGGCCGGGGCCAUCUGCGGAGCGUCCAGUGGAGACGACGACGACUCGGACGAGGACAAGGAGGGCAGUGGGGACGGCGACUGGCCCAGCCGCGUGGAGUUCUACGCCUCAGGUGUCUCCUGGUCCUCCUUCCACAGCUGACGCCGGGUCUGCAGGCGUGAGGGAGGGCCCUAGUCCCUUCCCCAUCCGGCAGACACCACUGUCCAGGCCCCUGAGUCCCCGAAGCAGCGCAGCGCCCCCGAGGACCCUACCCCACGGGUGGCGGGCGAAGCAGGAGUGGCCCUUCUCUGGACCCCAGUGCUUUUUUUCUGGACGUUGGCAGGCUGCUGUUUCCACUUCAGGUAAUUAUCUUUCCAUUUAGCAAACCCAAAACACUUAGAUCUUUGGGGAAGAAAUGCCAUUUCUCAGCCCUAUGAGCCGUAGCUCCAGAGGACCCCUGGAGUCAGACAACCCCAGGCACCUUUAGAGACCAGAGGGAAGACAGGCCUGGAGGGAAGUCCCCUUGUCCCUGAGGCCUUGAACCACAGCCCGUGCCCCCCAGACAAGCACACUCCGGGGAAGACAAGCCUGGGAGGCCUCCAGGAAUCAAGGCCUGCCCACCCACCUUGCUGAUGCCCACCUGCCUGGCCAGCUGGGCCUUGUCAGACCAGGCAUGUGGGCUCCAGAGCCAGGCAAGAGCUGGCCGUGCUGAGGGUGCCCACCAGGCCCAGGGACUGCAGCCUGGGCUCCCCGUGGUGCAGGGUGGCCUGCCAAGGCCUCUGGCCCUGUCUCACCUCUGUCCAGGUGUCCAGGCUCUGAUGCUUCUCUCAGUCCUGUCCUCCUCUCUCCCUGGGGCUGGGGACAGCAGUGUUUUCUGUUAGGUCUCUUCAUUGCAAGUGACAGAAACCUACCCCAGACUGACUUAAUAAUAAAAAGAAAGUUCAUUGACUCAUGGUUGAAAAGUCUAGGAGCGUUCUUGCUCAGAUGCGGCUUGAUCAAGGGCUGGAACCAUGCUGGGUGGCAAGUGUUGACAGCUCUUCACCACACUGGGCGCCCCUGGGAACACCGGCAGCGCAGGGCGGCCAGACGUGUGCACCGCAGUGUGGCUGGUUCUCGAGGACACGGCCCAGUUCGUCCGGGUGCUGUGACCGGGCCCGGCGGCUGCAGCCCUGUUCACCUGGGGAGAGUUAUCUACAUGGACGGACAGGGGGUAGAGGGAACAAGGGGCCAUUGUCCGGCUCUGCGUGGGCCUUCCGGGUGGCGAGCUCUCCCGUGCAGCCUCCCGCCCACGCGCUGCCGGGGUGGUGCUGUUGAGCGGGGGCCCCGGGUGUAGCCGCUGGCCUUGCUCAGAGCGAGUGUGUGUGGCGACUGGGCUUGAACGCCAGCCUCCUGCUGCCUGACCCACACCUGGCCACAGCGUUGCGGGGCCCUCAAGGCAUCGCCUGCAUUUUCUUCUGCACAGUCAUUCCCUGUCACCUGGCUGGACUUGGCCAGAGCCUCCUGCGGCAGAGAGAGGGGUCACUGUCAGCUGGAAGUGGUGACUCUGGGGCAAGAAAGCUUCCGCCAGCCCACGGGCACAGUGCGGAAACCCCGUCAGGGCUGCAGUCACUGGGGAAGGAUUGUCCUCUCUGGCCAGUUCUGGAACCUUCAUAAGCAAACAGAGGCCAGAGGGGGUUGUCAAAGGCUGACUCUGAUUCAGCGUGUUGGGCUCGCUCCCAGGGUCCGCAGGCUCCACCGGCUGUUGACAGGUGGCCACCCUGUGAGGGAGGGUGGUCG